AUGCAGAAAUCUCGGCUGGACACUGUCCGCUUCGGACCGGAGGUAGAGGAGGAGAAGGACCGGUGCCUGGAGCGCUUCGUGGCCUUCGCGCGGCCCCUCUGCCAGGGCCUGCGAGGCCAAGGCUUCUGGGCCGACUUCAUCGAUCCCUGCUCGGGCCUGCCCAUGCUAACCCCGCACUGCACGCGCCCCUACAGCGAAGUCGCCGGCUUCGAGCACCUGCUGCGCUACAAGACACAAAACGCAGGCUGCUGCAAGAUCCUCCUCCACCCCCGCUGGGGUUCGUCGUGCUACCCGGCCACCAUUUUCACGACCGCGCCGGUGAAGACGGUGCGGGCGGCGAUUCAAAUGCUGGAGCGCGAAGUAGAGAGGAUGGGGGAGAGUAGGAAAGUGUGUGAGCUUGGACACGCGGUUCAUGAGGGCCCCCUGGCUGUGGCGUGA